UGUUCAAUACAUAUUUUGAGGGGUUAAUUUUGAUGAACAUUAUUAUUAUGAAUUAAUAAAAUACCUGAUUUCCUGAUUAUUAAAUUUAGCAAGGGAGCUAUAUAUAUAAAUAGUAUUAUGAAUUUUUAUUCGAAAACUGAUUUAUUUCGGUGGUUUAUUUACAACGAAUGUAAUAUAUGGCGAAAUUUCAAAGUGGCCUUUUCCAAAGAUGUAGCAAAUAAAGAAAUUGCUUCUCAAAUGAAGGUACCGGAUGACUAUGAUGUCAGCAAAGUAACUAAAGAAGAUUUGAAAUGGCGUGAAUAUCCUCAUGAAGAAAACAAACAAUAUUUCAAAUCACUCAGGGUUUUCUACCAAGAUACCAAUAAUGUUGAAGUUGUCAAAAGUCUUCAAACACCAUUUGAUUAUUCUUUCGAAGGAAUUAGAAAGUGGUGGAAAAAAAUAAAUAUAGCGAAAAAGAAAUUUGAGCAGUCAUAUUUGCAAGACCGAAAUAAAAUUUUGGGGAAUGAAUUAGCAGCUGCCCAUUUUAUUGUAUAUAGAGGAGGUGCUAUCAAAUUCCACGGAGAUGAUGUAUGGAUUAAAGCCGAUGAGAAUAAAAACUAUAAUCUACCAGAAUAUUAUGUUAGAAAUAAAUAUAUAGAAGCAAUUGAUUGUACAAAUACAGACAUUUAUUAUGAAGCCUUGCAAAAUUUUCAAGAGCUCAAGUUUUUGAAAUGGCUAAGUUUAAAUGAUUGCGAAAAUUUAGAUGAUUGGUGUAUAGAUACUAUCUGCGGUGCACAUUAUAAAUCACUUGUUUACUUAGACUUACGAAAUUGCCCUAACAUUACAGAGAGAGGAUUAGUUGCUCUCUGGAAAAUGGAAAAACUGAAGAUUUUAUACUUAGAUGAUAUUCUCAGAUCUACACAGUAUGAAAUGACAGUACUGUUACUUCAAGAAUACUUACCACAAUUAGAAAUUAAAGUUGGAGAUUUCGCAGAAGAUGAUUAGCAUAAAAAAACCAAUUUUAAAGUAAUUUAUAAGUAUUUAAAUGAAAACAACUUCUGAUUAGAAUUGUUUCUAUAAUAAAAAAAAUCCUGCUGUGAUUUGAAA